GCAUUCAGUCAUUGUGUUUUGUUGCAUGCUGUUUGCCUAAAAGGAAUUCUAAAGGGAUUUGCUUUCUCUUGUUUCACGAGCCCCACGUUUUCAUACUGACCUAAGUGGAUGUACACCAGCUGGUCAUGUCCAUCACAGUAGCCAAGUCUGAAAAUUCCUGAUUAUACUUAGAUCCUAUAGAGUCUGCAGCAGGGACAGUCAGUAGCUGAGGAACUUCGUAACAAACCAUGAUUUAAAAUGAAACAGGCAGGGAACCUGGUGCAUUUUGCCUAAAGGAACCGGCAUUUUCCUGGAUUAACUAUGAAAGACUUAAUAAACAUUCCACUUGUACAUAUCUUCACUCUGGCGGCCUUCAGUUUAGCCGAAAAACUUCCGAAAGCUCCCCUUAUUACCACUCCUCUGGAAACAGUAGAUGCAUUAGUAGAAGAAGUUGCCAAAUUCAUGUGUGUGGUAGAAUCCUAUCCUGAGCCAGAGAUUACCUGGACACGUAAUAACAUUCCCAUCAGGCUGUUUGAUACAAGAUACAGCAUACAAGAAGAUGGGCAACUCCUGACCAUCCUGAGUGUGGAGGACAGCGAUGACGGAGUGUACUGCUGUACUGCUGACAACGGAGUUGGAGCAGCUGCUAAAAGUUGUGGGGCUUUGCAAGUGAAAAUGAAACCUAAAAUAACACGUCCUCCCGUAAAUGUAAAAAUAAUAGAAGGAUUGAAGGCUGUUCUGCCAUGUACUACCAUGGGGAAUCCAAAACCUUCUGUAUCAUGGAUCAAAGGAGAAAAUGUUGUAAAGGAAAAUGUUCGAAUUGCAGUCCUUGACUCAGGGAGCUUAAGGAUUCAUAAUGUUCAAAAAGAAGAUACAGGGCAAUAUCGAUGUGUAGCAAAGAACAGCCUUGGCGCAGCCUAUUCAAAACCUGUAACAGUAGAAGUGGAAGUUUAUGCCAGAAUCCUGAAGGCUCCUGAAUCCCACAAUGUCACCUUUGGGUCUGUGGUGACACUGCGGUGCACAGCUACAGGCAUUCCAAUUCCCACUGUCACAUGGCUUGAAAAUGGAAAAGCUGUUUCUGCAGGGUCAAUAGUUGAAAGUGUAAAAGACAGAGCAAUCGACUCCAGACUGCAAGUGUAUGUCACCAGGCCGGGCCUGUUCACUUGCAUAGCCACUAACAAGCACAGCAAAGCAUUUGGCACUGCAAAAGCAGCAGCGACUAUCAGCGUGUCAGAAUGGAGCAGACUGUACAAGGGUGAUGCAGGCUACUGCAGCACAUACAGAGGUGAGGUGUGUAGUGCUAUCUUGGUGAAGGAUGCUCUUGUUUUCUUCAACUCCUCCUAUGCUGACCCAGAGAAGACCCAAGAAUUGCUUGUCCACACCGCCUGGACGGAACUGAAAACAGUGAGUUCAUUCUGCCACCCAGCCGCUGAGUCUCUGCUGUGUAACUACAUCUUCCAGGAGUGCAACCCUUCAGGAGUUGGACUGGCUCCAAAACCUGUGUGCAGAGAGCACUGCCUUGCGGUGAAGGAUCUCUACUGCUUUAAGGAAUGGCUUGCAAUGGAGGAAAAUUCCCAGAAGGGAAUUUAUAAGCCUGGACUAAUGCUGCUGACUCUUCCUGAAUGCAACAGGCUUCCCAGCCUACACCAAGACCCCAAGGCCUGCACUAGGAUUCCAUACCUUGAUUUUAAGAAGGAAAAUAUAACCACAAAGUGCUACAAAGGCAAUGGGCGGUUCUACCAGGGUCCUGUCAAUGUCACAGCCUCUGGUGUUCCUUGUCAGAGGUGGAGUGAGCAGGCACCCCAUUUGCACAGAAGGACCCCUCAGGUUUUCCCAGAGCUCUUCAAUGCCGAAAACUAUUGCCGUAAUCCAGGAGGUGAGAAUGAGCGACCCUGGUGUUACACAAAGGAUCCCUCUGUAAACUGGGAAUACUGCAGUGUUCCUCUUUGUGGAGAUGCUUCUUUUACACAAGGAACUAAAAACCCAAGUGCAGAGACUCCAAAUCUCCCUCCUCCUCCUUUCUCCCCUACAUACUCCAUGACUGUCAUUAUUUCCAUCAUCUCCAGCUUUGCACUGAUAGUGAUCUUCGUUAUUGUUGCUCUUAUUUGCUGCCGGAGAAGAAAACAAUGGAAAAACAAAAAGAGGGAAUCAGAGGCACCAGCACUUACAACUCUUCCCUCCGAGCUCUUACUGGACAGACUUCAUCCUAAUCCUAUGUACCAGCGUAUGCCACUUCUCCUGAAUCCUAAAUUGCUCAGCCUGGAAUAUCCAAGAAACAACAUUGAAUAUGUGAGGGAUAUUGGAGAAGGAGCAUUUGGAAGAGUCUUUCAAGCAAGGGCUCCUGGAUUGCUUCCUUAUGAGCCAUUCACUAUGGUGGCAGUGAAAAUGCUGAAGGAAGAAGCAUCAGCAGACAUGCAGGCUGAUUUCCAGAGGGAGGCAGCUCUCAUGGCAGAAUUUGAUAACCCAAAUAUUGUCAAACUUUUAGGGGUGUGUGCUGUUGGGAAACCAAUGUGCCUGCUGUUUGAAUACAUGGCCUAUGGGGAUCUCAAUGAGUACCUGCGUGACCGCUCACCUCGCAACCUCUGCAGCCUGACACCCGGUAACCUUGACACCAGAGUCCGGCUCUCUAAUCCACUCGCUUUGUGCUGCACUGAUCAACUCUGCAUUGCCAAACAGGUGGCAGCUGGCAUGGCUUACCUCUCAGAGCGCAAGUUUGUCCACAGGGAUUUAGCCACCAGGAAUUGUUUGGUGGGAGAGAACAUGGUUGUAAAAAUUGCUGACUUUGGUCUCUCAAGAAAUAUGUAUUCAGCAGACUAUUACAAAGCCAAUGAAAAUGAUGCUAUUCCUAUACGCUGGAUGCCGCCAGAAUCCAUAUUCUACAACCGCUAUACAACUGAGUCUGAUGUGUGGGCCUAUGGUGUGGUCCUAUGGGAGAUUUUUUCCUAUGGCAUGCAGCCAUACUAUGGUAUGGCUCACGAGGAGGUGAUCUACUACGUGAGAGAUGGCAACGUUCUCUCGUGUCCCGACAACUGCCCUUUGGAGCUCUACAACCUCAUGCGCCUUUGCUGGAGUAAGCUGCCUUCUGACAGACCCAGUUUUGCCAGCAUCCAUCGCAUUUUGGAGCGUAUAUAUGAGAGGGCAGUGGCUGCUCUUCAUGUGUGAACUGCGUACAGCAGUGUAACAUUUCACCCCUUUUCCCUGCCCUGUUCUUGGUGAUUCAGAUCAAGCAACCUUCAGGGUAAACA